UUGGGUAUUGUUUUCCUCACCCAGACUGGAGUUGGGAUCCUUGGAAACUCCUUGCUGCUUUGUCUUUAUUUCUUUACUUCGCUCACUAGGCAAUGUUGAGACCCACAGACUUGAUUCUCAUCCAGCUAGCCCUAGCUAACAGCUUGGUUCUUUUUCAUAAAGGAAUUCCUCAGACAAUGGCAAUGUUUGGGUUGAAAUCUUUCCUGGAUGAUGCUGGAUGUAAGCUUGUCUUCUAUUUUCACCGAGUGGCCAGAGGGGUUUCCCUCAGCACUACCUGCCUGCUCAGUGGUUUCCAGGCCAUUAAACUCAACGUGAAUACCUUCAAGUGGUUGGAGCUCAAGGUUACAUUCCCGAAGUGCAUUGGCUUUUGCUGUUCCCUCUGAUGGAUCCUGCAUCUCCUGUUGAAUAUCUUUAUUGCUUUGCAUGUUACUGGGCCAAGAAAGAACAAAAAUACGAGUGUGGAGAAAAUUUACGAAUACUGUAAUUCACCCAUUCCACACAGAUUUGUAGUUUUACUACAUGCAGUCAUGUUCUCCUUCAUUGAUGUCACUUAUUUGGGCUUCAUGGUCUGGGCCAGUGGCUCCAAGGUCCUUGUCCUGCUCAGGCACAAGCAGAGAGUCCAGCACAUUCACAGCCACAGCCUUUCCCCCAGACCUUCCCGUGAGGCCAGAGCCACACGCACCAUCCUGGCCUUGGUGAGCACAUUCAUCUGCUUCUAUUUUCUCUCUUCCAUUUUGUCUUUGUGGGUAACACUGGCUGCGAACCCAAGCCCCUGGCUGAUGAACAUCUCUGCACUGGCAACUUCAGGCUUCCCAACUGUCAGCCCCUUGGUGCCCCUUGGCAGUGACACCCGUGCCUCUCAGUUUUUCUCUGCUUCUAGGGAAGAAAAAUAA